CCGUUAAUGAGACCCCUCACAGAGUAGGUCCAUCAAUAUCAAUAUAACAGCUGAAUAGUUAGUACGAUGCGGGCUGGUCUAAUGAACUAGAUUUGCGAGAGCACGGAAUUCAACCCGGUCAAUCGGCGUCCCCAGACCCACUGUAAGUUGCAACCUCAGCUCUAAGCCUGUCCACCAAACAUCCAAACACUCAGGUUACCAAAGACAAAAAGGGCGCGGGGAUAUUCUCAACCCCAAACGUUUGUUCAAGUACAUCGUUCUCGUCAGACCAUGAACCAAGCAACGCCUACUCCCUCCCGUUUUGGUGCGGUAGAUUUAUAUCGUCAGAACAACCUGGCCAAUUUUAUAGCUUGGUAUUCACACUGAGCUGGCUGCUAGAGAAUGUCGAGCAAUACAGUCUCAGUAUUUCGUGUCAGUGUGAUGACAAGUAUAUUAUGCUUAGAUUGUUCCGCAGUUCUCCGGUCGUUCAAUAUCGAAUCAAUAAGAAGGCGAUGUAGCUACAACCAUACAAUCGUUCAUACCGAUUUAGGGUCUUCGGCACUCUACGCUAUUCAAGACCAUGCCCACCACAACCUCCAGAUCUUUAGUUUCCCUCGUCUCGCUCAACAUGAUAGUCCGUAUGGGUUCGUAGUUUAUACCCUAUUAUCAUUACUUCUGUCGGUUCUCAUCCGUUCGAGGAUUAAGCCGCUCUCACUAUGGCCACUAGAAUCUUAUUUGCAGUAGUUUAGACCAUGGGUUUCGCUUAUGCUUGUCGCAAAGCGCAUGGUUCUGCCGUUUUGAAAGCCUCAUACUCUCAAUGAUAGCUUUCUUCGCCUGGGGGAACCUACCUUACUCGUUCGUGGCUAGCAUUAGAUAUUUGUUAAAUUAGUAAGAACGUUCGAAACAGAAACCUUUUGAAAGCUUGUAUGAUUGCUAAAGAAGUGUCAACCAUUCGGAAUAUGCUGCCAGAUUGCGAUUGUAGAUUCAAUCUAAACAAAAGAAUUAUGCCAUAAACGAAAGGUAUUCUACACAGGCCCGGCCGGCUACCACUGGGCGUUGAAAAAAAAACAAAUAUGAAUUUUCUUUUUGUGAGCCUCGCCUUAUACCGAUUUACCGCAGCUGACAGUGUGAAUCAACUCUUAGGUUGUCUUAACUCAACAUCAAAAUGUUGCAGGGUCAGCCC